AUGUCACAACAACAUUUUACAACUCCACCAUCAAUACUUGCAAGACAAAAAGAUGGUGAAGCACCAAAAAAACAAACAAGAGAAGAAUAUCGACAACAAAAAGAACUUGAGGAAUUACGAAAAGCUGGUUCAGCACCAGCUGAAGUUGAUGAAGAAGGAAAAGAUAUUAAUCCUCAUAUACCAAAAUAUAUGACUGAUGUGCCUUGGUAUGUUACAUAUGAUCAUGCAAAACCAACACUUAAACAUCAACGUAUACAUCCAGAAAAAUCAAAAGAAUAUGAUACUCUUAAUGAAUGGUAUGCUCGUGGUCAUGCUGAUAAAAUAGCAACACGUUAUCGUCCAGGUGCUUGUGAAAAUUGUGGUGCCAUGACACAUAAACGUAAAGAUUGUGUUGAACGUCCACGUCGUCUUGGUGCACGUUUUACAGGUACAGAUUUUGCACCUGAUGAAUAUAUACAACCAGAUAUAAAUUUAUCAUGGGAUGGAAAACGUGACCGUUGGAAUGGUGUUGAUAUUAAUUGGCAUCAACAAAAAAUUCAUGAUGAACAUCAACGUUUAGCUGAAGCAAAAAAAAUUUUAAAAGCUAAAAAAUUAGAUGAAGAAGCUAUGGCUGAAGAACAAGCUAUGAAUGAAACAACACCUAAUGAAAGUACAGAUCCUCUUGUUACUGUAGCAGCUAAACCAAUUGAACAUGAUGAUAAAAAUAAAUCAACAAAAAAAACUAAAAUUGACUCUGAUGAUGAUGAAGAAGAUGAAGAAUAUAAAUAUACAGAUUCAAUGGAUAUGCCUGGUCAACAUGUUGAUUCAAAACAACGCAUUAGUGUACGUAAUUUACGUAUACGUGAAGAUACAGCUAAAUAUUUACUUAAUUUGGAUGCUGAAUCAGCUUAUUAUGAUCCAAAAUCACGUUCAAUGCGUGAUAAUCCAUUUACUGGAACAAAUAAAGAUCCAUCACAAGUACCAUAUUUAGGUGAUAAUUUUGUACGUUAUUCAGGUGAAGCAAAAGAUUUUGCUAAAAGUCAAAUAUUUGCAUGGGAAGCAUCAGACAAAGGUGUUAAUAUACAUACACAAGCUGAUCCAACUAAACUUGAAUUAUUAAAUAAAGAAUUUCAUGAGAAAAAAAAUCAAUUUAUUAAAACAGUUGAAAAACAAUUAAUUGAACGUUAUGGUGGUGAAGAAUAUUUAAAUAGUAUACCACGUGAACUUGUUGUUGAAGCACAAACUGAACAAUAUGUUGAAUAUAAUCGUUUUGGAAAAGUUAUUAAAGGUGAUCAACGUGCAACAAUUAAAUCAAAAUAUGUUGAAGAUGUUUAUGAAAAUGAACAUACAUCUGUAUGGGGUUCUUAUUGGAAAAAUCAUCGAUGGGGUUAUGCAUGUUGUCAUUCAUUAUUACGACAAUCUUAUUGUACAGGUACAAUUAUUGAAGAUAAAGAAAUUGAAUUUCAAAUAGAUGAAAAAUCUGAUGAUAUUAAUGAAGAUAAACCAAAAUCAUUAGUUGAAUUACAUCGUGAAAAAUUAAAUAAAAAAAAACUUCAACCAAAAUCUUCAUCAACAGAUGAUGAUCAAAAUUCUAUAACAAAAAAAUUAGAUAAAAAAAAAGUACAAGAAGCAGCAAGAAAAAUUGAAGAACGUGAUCGACAAGCUGAAGACAUAGUCAAUGUUGAUGAACGAAAACGUAAAUAUAAUUCAUUAAAAUCAGAUAUUAAUGAACAUAAAGAACCAACUGAAGAAGAAUUAGAAGCAUAUCGAUUGAAAAAACAUCGUCAUGAUGAUCCAAUGGCACAAUUUAUGUUAAACUCUUAA